AUUGGGCCUACAUGUCAGCGCGCUCCUCUCACUCCUGUAGCUCUUCCCAUUGGUCCGUUACGCUAAACGGAACCCGGAAGUGCUUUGUUUUGAUCAUGCAGCUGAAAUGACUGAAAGUGGAGCUCAGCUGUUCGCCCGUCUGGAGGCUCGUCGCUGUCUGAAGGACAUCGAGAACAAACUGUUUCCUGGAGACGGAGGACCUGAACCCGGUGAGGUGGUGGAGCUGUACGGACCAGAGGGGACAGGUAAGACGGAGCUCCUGUACCACCUUCUGAGUCGCUGUCUGCUGCCUCUGAGCGCCGGAGGGCUGGAGGUGGACGUUGUGUUCAUGGCACCGAUUAUAGUCUGGACAUGUUAAGACUGGUC